AUGAGUAACUCACUGGAAGAAAGACUACGCAUAAAUUCCAGUGCAUUCGAUGGACUAUUGUCACUAAUACCGGCCAAAUACUAUUACGAUGACAAAACUCAAGAGCAGUGGAAGCAGAAGAAGAAGAGCAAAAUACAGUCUAAGCAGGAUAAACGCAGCAAGCUGGACCCGGAAUUGCAAAACGAAGACUCAGCUUCUGCCCUCGAAGUGAUGGCCGAAAGAGAGAAGAACGGCAAGCCCACAGUGCUUCCAGGCACGAGGAUGGCCCAAAAGACCGAGGAAGACGAGGAAGAUGUGGAAGAUGAGGAAGACGAGGACGACGAGGAAGAGCCAGAAGCGGAGAAGGAAGAAGAACAAAACGAUGUAAAUCAACACAGAAAGGAGGAGUCCAUGGAAAAUCCUUUGACCAGCACGGCACCAAGGGCCAAUGGCAAGCGUCCCGAGGAGCCAGGUUCUGACGACGAAAACUCGAUAGACGUGAUAUUUGACGAUGAGGGAAAUAAAGUUGAGCAAGACUCCACGUCUGUGCAGAAGCCAGAAGUGACCCCACAAAAGAAUACCAGUUCUGACAGACAACAAAAUCUCGAAAAGCUUCGCACCAAACUGCAGGAAAAGAUCCAGUUGUUAAAGGAAAAACGGAAGGCGCCAGGAACUCAGGUGUCUGGUGCGCCAAGCUCCCGGGACGCCAUUCUAGCGCAACGUAAACACAAACAAGAACUGAAGCGGAAGCGCUCGGAAGUGGAAUCUGCAAAGCAAGAAGAAUCUAGUGACAACGAGUCGAACUCAGACUCGGAGCCCGAAGAUGAGGCCGAUUUCCUACCAAAGAAAAAAAGGUCGACAGGUCAAAAGGACGAAGACCUCGCUAAGGACCUCAUGUUCCAAAACAUUCAGUUUGAUGAUGGUGACCGAGUCACGUCAGAUCUCCAGCGUCUGCGGAAACUACACAAUAAUAAGGGGCCCGCCAAAAACGAUAUCAAGGCACACUUGCAUGCUUCUGAGUUGAAGCGCGCCAAGCUGGAGGCCAAGGAUGAACUGGAACAAAUACAGCACAAGGAAAAGGAGAAAUGGCAACGUGCCAUGUUGCAAGCAGAAGGAGAAAGGCUCAGGGACGACGAAAAACUACUGCGCAAAGCAUUGAAGCGGAAAGAGGCCAAGAAGCGGAAGUCUGCUGUCGAAUGGCGUGAUCGGAAAGAGGCUGUGACGACGGCCAUAGCUGACAAACAAAAGAGGCGUGAAGAAAACCUGCAGAUCCGCAAAGACAACAAGGGCAAAAAGAGAUCUCACCAGGAGAAGAUGAAGCGUGGUAUAAAGGGGAUAAGGCCCCAGAAACGAGCUGGUUUUGAGGGCCGUCUCAAGAGUCAGAAAAGGCGAUGA